GCAUCCUGCAAAAGACGACAAGUCAGGGCCACCCAGCUGAGCUGCGCUGGAUCCCCAAGUCGCAGAAACCUAGAUGACACAUGCAUACGGUUGCCUUAAGUCACUAAGUUUUGGGGUGACUUAGGACACAGCUGCAGAUGACUGGUGCCGGGUCCUAGCACUUCGUUAUGGAAUGUGGGAGCACUUGGCCCCCCAUUUCCACGUCUGGCUGCAAACGUCACCACCUCCAGGUCACUAUGGAGUGACGACGCGGUCACUAUGGAGAAUAAAGUGUGACAAGCCUUUUCUGGCUCAUCCCGGUGUCCCCUGACUGGCUUAUUGCCCCUCCUGUUUAGGUCAGAGGUGCAAGGAGGGAGGAGAUUGGCCACUUUCCACCUGGCCUUGGCGCCCAGCUGUGGGAGAUCUGAACUGGGGAGAGAGAGCAGCUUAGGCGGGUUGCAGGGGCUCCUCUCAAGACGGAUUUGCAUGCAUUUGACUUCUAAAGAAAGGGAACUGAGAGGGGCCUGAGCAGAAGGCACACAGGUCAGGCACUGCCGGGCACCGGGCGUCCCUCUCCGGGUCCUGGUGUCCUCUGCAGCCAUGAGCACCCUGUACACUAACACCGGGCGCCACUACCCACCAGGUAGGGCCCUCGCCAGGCCUGGGCUUGGGGUGGGGACCCCGCAUCCCCACCCUGGGGCCGUCUGGAGCCAGAGACCAGGCCCCGGGGAGGAGGGGAGGGUGGCUGGACUCUGACUCGCCUUCUCUCUGGGAGGGACCACAGUGGAGGAGUCUGAUGGUGACGGUGAUGACUACGAAAACAUGGCGCCACCCUACAAGGACCUUCCUCCCAAGCCAGAUUCCAUGGCUCCCCCGCGGCCUCCCAGGGCAGGAAAGAAACCGGAGACCCCUCCCCUCCCCAGCAAGCCCCUGAGGAUGACAGCCCUGGACCUCCCGCCUGUGCCCUGCAAGUCUCAUCAGUUGGGCGUUGAUCGGGAGCCUCCUCCUGUCCUGCCGUCCCUAACCACCACUCCAGUGUCCUGGCUCCAUCCGAAGUCCAAGAGUCCUGGGUGUCACCAGGAGGAGAGGCUAAAGGUGUACCUGUGUCUGCUGCUGCUGGGGACGUCCCUGAUCCUGAGCUGCCUCAGUCUGACUGUGACCCUGAUGAAGUGUGAGGAGGGCGGGGCCGGGCCGCGGGGAGAGGCUGGGGGCGGGGCCCGGGAGGACCUGGGGUCAGGCUGGAUCUUCCUCACAGACCAGGAGGUGGUGGAGAGGCUGGGGGCGCUGACCUCUCAGCAGGCGGCCUGGCAGGUGAACGUGACUGGCAUGGCGGGGCUGGCUGGCCUGAAGAAGGACAUUGACCGUGUCAGAGCAGACACCAACCAGUCCCUGGUGGAACUUCGGGGUUUGUUAGACUGUACCAGGAUCACCUGCCCCGAGGGCUGGCUCCCCUUUGAGGGCAGGUGUUACUACUUCUCUCCCAGCACCAAGUCAUGGGACGAAGCCCGGAAGUUCUGCCAGGAGAAUUACUCUCACUUGGUCAUCAUCAAUUCCUUUGCUGAGCAUAAUUUCGUGGCCAAGGCGCACGGCUCUCCACGGGUGUACUGGUUGGGGCUGAAUGACAAGAACCGAGAAGGGGACUGGAGGUGGCUGGAUGGGUCCCCUGUCACGUUAAGUUUCUGGGCCCCACAGGAGCCCAACAACAUCUACGAGGAGGACUGCGCCAGCAUGAACAACGGCGGCACCUGGAACGAUCUCUCUUGUGCCAAAACUACGUAUUGGAUUUGUGAGCGGAAAUGUUCCUGUUGAACCCGGGGCUGAAGCUAGAGGGGCGGAGAA